AUGGAGAUCCCCAUGGACGCCGUCGCGCUCGCCGACACGGCCAAAGACCAACUCCCCACCCUGAGCGCGCACAGCACUUCCGCCAUCAGCGUGACGCCCGUGCCCUCCCCGCUCAUCGACACCACCUUCUCGCACCUGACAUCCGUGUGCACCUCGGUGCUGCAAGCCUCCGUCGUGGGCGUCUCAAACGAGUGGUUCGCAGAAGCGAGCAAUUUGCUGAACCCGGCGAAACCGAUCUGGAAGGAAGGGUACUACGUGCAUGCGGGCAAGUGGUAUGAUGGGUGGGAGACGCGGCGGCAUAAUCAGAGGGAGUUUGAUUGGGUGGUGAUCAAGUUGGGGUGUGUGGCGGUGGUGCAGGGCGUCGAGGUCGACACGGCGUUUUUCAAGGGGAAUGAGGCGCCGGAGGCCGGGGUGGAUGGGGCGUUUGUGCCGGCGGAUGUUGGGGAGGGGGAGGUGGCGAAGGAGGGGUGGGGUGGGUGGGAGGAGGUGUUGCCGAAGCAGGCGUGUGGGCCGAGCCAGCGGCAGGCGUGGUGGGUUAAGGGGAAGGGGGUCGAGGGGCGUGAGGUGAACUAUCUGAGGUUGAAGAUGUAUCCGGAUGGGGGGAUUGCGAGGCUGAGGAUCUAUGGCACGGUGGUGCCGCCGCCAUUGGCGGUUCAGGAUUUGAAGGAGGGUGGGGUGGAGAGGCCGAUUGAAGAUUUGGCGGCGGCGCUGAAUGGGGGCGUCGCGGUCAGCAGGAGUGAUGAGCAUUUCGGAACAAAGAGUAACUUGCUUUUGCCUGGGAGGGGCGUGGACAUGGGGGAUGGGUGGGAAACGAAACGGUCGAGGGGAAAGGGACAUGUGGACUGGGUGGUGGUGAAGUUGGGCUUGAAAGGAAGGGUUAUCGAGAAGGUGGUUGUGGAUACGAAAGAUUUCCGAGGCAACUUCCCACGGGCGGUCAAGGUGGAGGGUUGGUCGAUGCCGGUGGGCGCAGCGGCGUUUGGAACGGAAGACGAGCCCAAAUUUGACGGGGACGGAUGGCAGGAGUUGACACAGGGAGAGCAACGGUGCCAGGCAGACCUCGAGCAUGUGUUUGAAGGGCAUGAAAUGGCGAUACAGAACCCCCCCGAAGGUGAGGUAUGGACGCACGUCAAGAUGACCAUUAUUCCGGACGGUGGUGUGAAGAGGUUGCGGGUGUUUGGGAGGAGAGCCUAG